CUCCACCGCCCACGGGGGCAAUUAUUAUCAACGGCCACAAGGGAGAAGAACUGCAAUGACGCUCGCCGCGGUGGCCCAGCUCACAUCAAGCGGCCUCAUCGCCGAGAAUCUGUCGACGUGCAUCUCGCUGAUCCGGCGGGCCUCGUCGGCGGGCGCCAAGGCCAUUUUCCUGCCCGAGGCGACCGACUUCAUUGCCCCCGCCGCCUCGGUGGCCGCCCUCACGCGCUCCGCCGAAGCAAGAGACUUUGUCCAGGGUAUCCGCGACGCAGCGAAAAGCGCGGGCAUCUGGGUCUCUGUGGGCAUCCAUGAAGAUCCUUCGGGCGGAUCCUCCUCCUCCUCCCCCUCCAGCACCGCAAAUGGCAAGGGCCAGGAGAGGUGCUACAAUACCCAGCUGCUCGUCGAUGAGCGCGGCGAGGUGCGGGCACGGUACAGAAAGACGCACCUGUUCGACGUCGACAUCAAGGGCGGCCUCACCAUUCUCGAGAGCAAUACCACCGUUCCUGGCGAGGAGCUCCUUGACCCCAUCAACACACCACUAGGAAACGUAGGGCUCUUGACUUGCUACGACUUGCGCUUCGCCGAGCCAGCGCUGGCACUCCGCGCAAGGGGCGCCCACGUCAUCACGUACCCCUCGGCUUUCACGGUGCGGACCGGCGCCGCGCAUUGGGAGGUCCUUCUGCGGGCGCGCGCCAUCGAGACGCAGUCUUGGGUCCUCGCCGCUGCCCAGGUUGGCGCUCAUGCAGGAACUGCGCGCGUGUCAUGGGGACAUGCCAUGAUCGUGGACCCCUAUGGCUCUGUCGUGGCACAGACGAGCGACAUGCAGCCAUACAAGCCCACCUUCUGCCUCGCAGACAUCGAUCUGGACUCGUUGGAGAAUGUCCGGAGAGAGAUGCCGCUCUGGGACCAGAGACGGACGGACCUGUACCCUCGAAUUCCAUAGGCUCACGGCCCGCUUUGAUGCUACUAUUAUUACACACACGCAUACACACGUCUUCGUUGUCUUGCUGCUCUAUGCACCGAUGGUUUGGGCCACUUCUUC